AACUCCGUUCGAUGGAUUAUGGGGGCGGUCUGAUUGUUCGUUAGCUUUUCGUGUGUAGAAUAGCCCAAUGGCUGACAAACGACCGAAUGACUUCCCAUACGCACUGGGAUACAUACUGCUCAAUCUACACAAAAUAUGGAAAGAAACAAAGAAUGUUUAGUAAACGUGAGCAGGUAUAAAUUUUCUCUUGUUAUAUCUGGAUUAACAAAAAUGCUUCAAAACAUUGACAGUAUGCAGGUAUAUGGACCAGAUGCAGAAAGAAAUUUUUGUGACUCACUUUUGAUUGUAUUGGAAACAUUGGAGAAAUGUCUCACAUGUCAACCUCAUGAUACGUCUCGACUAGAUGAGACUAUUCUGGUCAAAAACCUACUUCAAGAGUUAUUCAGAGUUAGAAACCUUGUGUUAAAUUUUAUGAAUCUAACUAGUGAAAAUGGAAAGAUGUACAAUCAACUUUUGUUGCUGGUAUCGCAGGUUCUAUACGCUUUAAGUACACAAUACUUUAAUGCUGUAUUCAAUCGAAUACCUAAUUGUCUUGCUUUAGCUGCACAAGAUGAAUCAAAUGUUGAUCAAGCCAAUGAACUGGAGUUAAUUCAACACUUGAAUUUAGAUAUGCGUAAAUUAUCACGCCUCAUACUAGAAAUAUGUAAUCGUUUCAGAUCGUUGAAAAAGUCCACUUGGUUACACCUUGCUGUUUACUUAGAAAGAGCCAUUUGGAACUGGUUGGAAAAUUAUCCUCAAGAGUUCGAUGAACUACAAAAGAAACCAAAUGAUGAAUUGGCCGACUGUUGUGAACGUCUGUUUGAUUUGUUCACUUCACUUUGUGCUGAAAGUGGGCGGAAGAAAAUUCUUGUUUGGCCUCUACAAAUGAUGCUUUUAGUACUUUGUCCGAAAAUCCUGGAAGAAAUUAAUAAUGCUGAAAACGGAGCACCUCUAUCACCAGAGCAUCAGAAAAAGAAACAAUUUAUGGAUGAAGUUCGUAAAGCUCUUGCUUCUCAUGGUCAUGGAAGUAGUGCAAGUAAACCAGCUUUGCUAGAAGCUGCAUUAUUAGCUGCAGUUAAUUUAUGCAAAGCAUCAACCUACAUCAAUAUAAAUGAUCGAAAUAAUAUUCUCUUUAUUUUGGUUCAUUCAGUAUAUGCUGAUUUACAGAAUUUAUUAUUCAAUCCAAAUAAACCAUAUCUACGAAACAAUCAAAAUUUAGCAGAAACAGAAUCAUUACUCACGGAAUUUUUCGUUGCUUAUUUUCGUAUAACACCACAUAAUAAAAACCUUCUCAAAGUUUGCUUACAAACAACAUCACCGGCUAUUUAUCAUACUGUGCUAGUAUCUGGACUUUAUCGUAUAAUUACUCAGUCACGUCUAGCAUGGUGGCCCGAUGUUAGCCCGUUUUAUUCGAAAUCCACAGAAAUUCGUUCAAUGUUCUUAGAAACAUUAAAUCGUGUAAAUCACCAUCCACCAAUUCGAAUAACUCAAAGUCUUACAUUUCGAGAUAAAAUGAAUUUAAAAAACAAAGACAAAACUGAAGAUAAUUUAAUGAGUAAAUAUAAUUUACUACUAAAUAUGGUUCGUCUACUGAAUGCUAAUCCAUUAUUAAUGCUUUAUAGUCCGCAGACACGUUCAAGUUCAGAUGCUCAGAAAGCAACAUUUGAUUUAAUGAAUGGUUUAAUGUCUUUAAUACAACAAUCUAUUAUGUCUGACUUAGCACAGGAAGCAAUGGAUGCUUUACUUUGUCUUCACCAACCAGCUAAUAUAAGAUUAUGGAAUUUACAUUCACCGGCUCAAGCGUUUUGGGAAAUAAGUCCACAACUUCUAUACAGUAUUGCUCAGAAAUUAAUCAAUCGUAAUAUACCUAAUUCAUGUGAUGUUUUAAAAUGGUUAAGAGAGAUUCUUGUCUGUCGUAUAAAGUUUCUUCAACAGCAUUGUGAUUAUGCAAAUCUACCAGGAUGUUGUACACGGGGUCUGUUGACAUCUAACAUACCAAUUAUUGGGGAUGUUAAUAUAACUACAAGCACAAAUACUACAGGUGUAAUUAGUUCUAUUGCAGCAGCGACGACAGCGACAACAACUGGAUCUAGCUUAUCUACUGCUGCAAACUAUAUGCAAACAAACGCAUAUUCAAAUAUGAGUUAUACAGAUGGUGGCGUGUAUAUUGGACCAGCGCCUUCUUCAAAGAUGAAUUCUCAAAACACUCCAUGUUUAAGCCCAUUUCUAGGGCCAUUAGGAAUUAAUCCAAAACGAAAUCAGAUGGCUCUUAUUAAACUAGAAACAGUAUUCUUUACUUACCUAUGGUCACUGGAUUUAGAAGCUGUUUUGACUUCAAUGUCUUGUUUUCGUCUAUUGUGUCAAGAAGCUGAACUUUGGAGUAAUGCUGCAACUUUAGCUACAAUUACUUCUGUUCCAGAUAACGAGUUUGUACAGCGUUCUGAUUGUGAGUGUUAUUUGGUAAAUCCUAAUUUAUCAGCUCCUUCUUCCGCAGAAACAUCAGAUUGGGCAGAGAAUUCUGUAUUGACAACAAAUCUACACCAUAGUGAUUUGAUCCGAAAGUCACCUCCACCUACAGUUAACUAUAAACUCGUAGUUUCGUCAGCUUCAUCUAGUAGUACUCCGCCUGAAAGUACAUGUGUACGCUUUCAAAACCCUUCAACAUUAUAUGAUAAUGAUUCCCGAACUCGUCCUAAUAUUUCAGGAUCUUGUAUUGCUUUAUGCAAUUGUGGGUGUCCUCUUUGCACCCCAGUAAGCUAUCUACCAGUAUACACCAAUGUUGGUAGUAACCCUGCUGUCUCCCGGUCUAUCCACGACUCCAGCUCUCAUUCUAGUUUCAGUACCUCACUAAAUUCAGACAGUAAUCCAACAUUUUGUUCUGAAUAUUCUGAUGACAGUACAACGAACUUCUCUACUCAAACAUCGACCAAAGUUAUAAAUCCUAUUCUCCAUACAACUAGUCCAUCAGACAAGUCAUGUUCAUGGUCGUUACCAGCUCAGUGGGCUUUCACUGACUUCCGGCUUCCAGAUCUUCUACCUGUUUACAAUGUGUAUGCUGAGAUUGCUGAUCACAGUCGUUCAAUUGUCACUACAGGACGUGCGCAUUUACAAAAACAAAUUCUAGCUUUAUUAAGAAAAAUAAAUCAUCAAACCCAAGGAAAUAAGCUUGCCUGGGAACAUACUUAUAUGAUUUGGCUAAGAAGUACAAAAUUUCUAAUAAAUUAUCCUAAAUCAAAAGCUUCCGUCCCAUCAAACGGAACUGAAGACUCUUGUUAUGAUACCACUGCUAAUUCAGCUAAUAAUAAUUCAGUGAGCGGAUUUUCAUCUGCAUCACUGGGUAAUUCUGCGUCUAUACCUAGUGGUCUAGACUCUUUAUCUAAUCAAGUGGAUACGGCUGCGUCUGGAAUGAAUAUAGAUGGAUUUUCUUCUGCCCAAGGUUCUACCGGAAUGCUUCUAACGAUAGCAAAUAAUACUGGUGGAGUUUCUGUGUCAAGUGCUUCUACUGGGACUAGUUCAUUUGUCUCUGGAAGUGCUAUAAGUUCAGGUACAAGUCGUUAUUUGGCUGUUAAACGUCGUGUCAGUCAACAGUCACCAGUAAAUGACCAUGAAAUUGAAGAUGUACUAAAUGAAUGGGCAAAUAUGACUGGAUUUUUAUGUGCACUAGGUUCCGUAGCACUUAAUAUACCACCACUACCUCAAGGAUCUUCUUCACUUCCUUCACAAAUAGCUUCAUCGGGUUAUUCAUGUGACCAAACCAAAACCAAACCUCAACAAAUCCACUGUCCUCAUUAUCAUUAUUGCUCUCAGCAUUUAUUGGAUCAUGUACAUCAGCAUUUUGAUCCUAAUUGUCUACGUGCAAACUAUUUCCUACAGUCUCAUCGCACUAAUUUUAUUAAAAGUACUAACGAUGUUGAUCAAACAGAUGAAUCUCAUAAAUGUCAUUCAUUUCAUGGCGCCUGUCUUAGUGAAUUAACUGCUGCAAGACGUCUUUCACUUGUUCAGUCUAGUUUAAAUCAAGAUAACCAAUUCUCACCCGUUGCUCAGUUUAUUGGUAAUCUUCUACUGCUUAUCAGUUGUCAACAUGAGAAAUUUGGGCAUCAAAUACAAAAACAUGUUAAAGAAUCAAUUGGAAAUGAAUUAAAUCCCUUGAUUUAUCCAAUUUUAUUCAAUCAAUUACGUAAUCAUGUGGAUGCAUGUUUUUCAGGACAAGGGCAACAACAAGUGGUUGUCACAGAAACCAAUACAUUAUUUAUUGAAAAUGUGAUCUUUAUUAUGCGUAGUAUAUUAGAUAAACGAACUAAAUCGGUUGAUCGAUUAAGUGAUCAUUUAGAAUUAGUUAGUAUAGAAAGUCUUAUGUUAAAUAUUGUUAGGUACGUUCGUCAUUUGGAAUGUGUACAUUCCCUUCAGAUAAAGAUUAAAGUUUGUCAGUUAGUACAGAAAAUGAUGGCCAGGCGUGAAGAUUUAGCAUUUAGACAGGAGAUGAGAUUUCGAAAUAAAUUAGUAGAUUACCUUUGUGAUUGGAUCAUGGGCAGUAGCUAUCAUCUUAAUCUUUCCGUACAAACAAAUUACUUAGCUAAUAAUUCAACAGGAACAACAAUCACAACAACAAUGUCUACUGCUACUACUGUUGCUUCUUGUAAUAACAGUAACGUUUCCGGAGUGUUUGGAUUAUCAAAUACCUCAGUAGCUAACUCUCUUACAUCAGAAUUUAAUGAAAACAUUUCCUUGUCUAACUCAUCACUAGUGAAUCCACCAAUUUUCCUCCCAUCCGGGGUAGUCAUACCCAUAAGUCAAAGCCAGAAUAAUUCUAUUGCGAUAACAAGCCACAAUGCACAAUUAGCGUAUUCAAACAUUGUACCUAGCAGUGGGAUCAGUGGAAUGGUUGUAAACUAUGGUGGUGUUCAUGGUAACAUUACUGGUUAUCAGGGUGUCCCAUAUUGCGGCCCGUUAACGUCAGGGAACUUUGGACUGAUGAACUAUGGAUCCCAAAGUCAGUCAUCAGUAAAUGCUUGGAAUCGAUCCGAUAUCUUGGAUUAUAAUUGUGCAUGGGAUAAUGCAACACCGAAUUUAGGUAUUGGUGUGGGGUUAAUUGCUCACGGACAGUUUUCUAACAGCCCAUUUUCACCCUAUUUUAAUACUUCAGAGUUAACUAGCUUCAGUAGUAUGCCAUAUGGAACUGUAAACAAUAAUCGACUUGUAACUGGUGGAUUAAGUUGUAUUGGACAGUCACAAUCUUGGAACGUUGCAAAUAGCAAGUCAGCUGCUUUGUCAGGAGCAACGUCAUGUCAAAAUUACAUAUCAAACGGUGGUAAUUCUUUAUCUACUGUUUCUAGUUCAUCUGGAUUUAACAGUAUUAGUGGUCAAAUCAAUGUAAUCAAGUAUGGAAGUAAUAUACCUACAUCCAAUGUUAGUAGUAUAUCUUAUUCUGGACAAUCGUCUGUCGCAAGUAUUUGGUCAGGUGCAAGUGGUAUCAAUUAUGCUUUGUAUACAGGAACGAACACUACUUCAGCUCAUGUACCAGCCAUUGCAGUCUCUGCUGUCACAACUUUAAGUGUUGGAGGUUAUUCUUCCAAUGUUCCAAAUAUAACUUCAACUGCCGGUAUAGUAGCACAAACUGCUGCUCAAACAAGGGAAUUAGAUCUUGCAUGUAUGGAAGCUGUAGCUGCAUUACUCCAUGGUAUGCCAUUGCAACCAGAAGAAAUUGACCGAGCAGACUUAAUGGAUGCUAAAUCUCAUUUGUUUGCUAAAUAUUUCUCACUUUUUAUGAAUCUAUUAAAUGAUGUGGCAGACGAUCGUGAAAAAGGUGCUGAAAUAAGACAAAAUCAUACAGCUUUACGUAAUGUUACAGUUCAAGCAAUGUCAAACCUUUUAAAUGCUAACAUUGAAUCUGGAUUAGUUCACGCGAUAGGUUUGGGUUAUCAUAGAGAACCACAAAGUCGAGCUGCAUUUAUGGAAGUUCUGACAAAAAUUUUACAACAAGGCACGGAAUUCGAAACUCUUGCAGAAACAGCUUUAGCUGAACGAUAUGAGCGUUUAGUUGGUUUAGUGACUAUGGUUGGUGAAAAUGGAGAACUUCCUAUAGCUAUGGCUCUUACCCAAGUUGUUUCUUGCAAUAAUAUGGAUGAAUUAGCUCGAGUUCUCGUGACAUUAUUUGAUGCUAAACAAUUACUAUGCCAAUUAUUUUGCAAUGUAUUUUCUAAAGAGCUGGAAUCAGCUGAUAGUAUGCAAGCACCAUUACGUGGUAAUACAAUGACAAGUAAAAUAAUGAACUAUUGUUUUAAACAAUUUGGACGCGAUUAUUUACAAUCGGUGUUAGGUCCAGUACUUAUGGAGCUAGUUAGACGAGAUGCCGGAAAUUCAGGUGCUUAUGUAACUUUGGCACCGCCGCCACCACCACCAGUGAUAGCUACAAUUGUAGGAAAAAAUGACAUCAAUAAUAAACCAGUCAACACUAUCAAGAGUGACAAUAUUCCUAACUACAACUGCAUGCAACUAUUAGGUGGAAUGUCAUCAAUUAGUACGAAUGAAUUGUUGGAAGAUAUAACAAAAUUCAAUCAUAACAAAUCGAACUUAUCCUACGAAGUAGAUCCAAGACUUUUGCAAUCAAAUGAAAAUCUGGAAGAUAAUCAAAACAACUUGAUUUUUGCAACUGAAUUAUUAUAUAAUAAAUUAAUUAAAUCUGUGGAUAGUUUCCCAUCUAGAUUACGAUGUAUGUGCAGAUGCUUAUACAAACUAAUUGGUCAUUUAGGCUAUGGAAAUCAGUCUACUGAUCAAGCAUUAAAUGUUUUGUCGACAGUUGUAUUUUUACGAUUUAUUAAUCCAGCUGUUGUAUCACCGUAUGAAAGCGGAAUAUUGGAUUUUGAACCACCAAGUCGUGUUAAACGUGGUCUUAUUCUGAUUGGGAAAAUGAUGCAAAAUAUUGCAAAUCAAUUACUAUUUACCAAAGAGCCGCAUAUGCGUAUAUUUGAUUCAGUUUUACAGAAACACUUUGAAUCAUGUCGACAGUUCUUUAAAUCGAUUGUUGAAGAGUCUACGAAAUCUGAUAAAUCGUUGGAUCCUUCUACAUUCAACGGACUAUUAGAUCCCUUAAUAAACAACACCAGUCAGUUAGUUGUCUCCUCUUCAUGGUUAUCCGGUGCAUAUCCUAACUCAUCAACUGCGAAUCCUCUAGAAGCUAUUGCUCCACUGACAAGUGAUAAUGUUUCCUCAGUAUCAGUUUGUACAAAUACAGGUGGUGGUGGCGGUGGCGUCGGAGGAGGUGCAGGAAGUUGUAUGAUUUCUUUUAUUUCCGAUGAUCUUAUACAUGCUUUACAUCGAUUAUUAUUUACAAAUCAAAGUAAAAUUGGUGAUUACCUAGCUAGCAAUCGUGAUUGGAAAGCUGUUGGCAGACAACCAUACGACAAAAUGGUAACUUUAUUGGCACAUCUGGGUCCACCUGGGCAUAAAUCUGUUGAUUGUAUAAGGAAGAAUCGAAGAAAUUUCAGCCUAAUCGUUCGUCUAUUUAA